AGCAAAUUUUCCAAGCACUUAGUGUUGGUGCACACUUUGCCAGACUAUUUGCAUCGUGAACCUACCUACACGAUUCGAGUUACUUACUUUUGUCGUGUAUGUAAGGGAAAUCGAUUAUGGUGAAGUUUCCGAACCUCCCAUUGCAAAAAAGGUCACUCCAAUACGCAGCUGCGUUUACGGCUUUACCAGCAACUUUAUCCAGUGGCCUUCACUUAGCAUGGACUUCGCCUUACUUACCACUCCUUUUAAGCAAAGAUUCUCCAAUUCCCAUGACGAACGAUGAAUCGUCAUGGGUUGCAACAAUGUAUAUGGCGGGUGGUCCCUGCGGAGCUCUCCUUAGUGGCGCUCUUUUGGACCGGGUAGGACGCAAGACUAUACUAUUAUCAUCAAGCCUGGCGAUCUUUACUACGUGGAUUAUAAUAGCGUUUGCGACCACAAUACAAGAACUUCUAGUUGGACGGUUUCUUGCGGGUUUUUGCGAUGGAUUAAUAUUUGGGGUAACUCCAAUUUAUUUUGGAGAAAUUGCGGAUGCGCAAAUUCGCGGACGAUUGGGUUGUAGCAUUGCCAUCACGUUUGAGAUCGGUAGCGUACUAAUGAACGUCAUUGGCUCAUACUUAUCCAUUCGACAGUCUGCGUUGGUAUGUUCGGCUAUUCCUGUGCUGUUUUUUGUAACAUUCAUCUGGAUGCCAGAGUCCCCGAAUUACUUUCUAAUUAAGGGUGAAACGGAGAAAGCCAAACGUUGUUUAGUUGCACUUAAAGGCGAAAAUAUUGAUGACACCAUGAGUGCAAUUUCGAGUGCCACUGCAGAAGAAAGUUUAAAUCGCACGCGAUGCGCUUCCUUAUUUAAAAAGGUUAACAGAAGAAGCUUGUUCAUUGUGGUAGCACUCCGCUUGACACAACAAUUUAGUGGCGUGAUCGCAUUCACGUUCUAUGCCCAAACGAUAUUUCGAGAAGCUGAGGAUGCAAUUUCACCCUUGCUGUCUACUGUGAUUUUUUAUGCUGUCCAGCUGACGUUUUUGUUGAUGAAUUCUCAGUUGGUGGACAGAAUCGGAAGAAGGCCUUUGUUGAUUACGUCAACGAUAGGUGUAGGUGCUGCGCUAUUUGCGGAGGGCACAUUUUUUUUAGUGCGAGAUGUCGUAGAACUAGACACCACGGCAAUUGCGUGGUUACCAGUUCUUAUUUUAAUUAUAUUUAUAAUUAGCUUUGGCUUGGGGUUGCAAACUAUGCCUCUCUUCAUUGGGUCAGAGAUAUUUCCACCGAAUGUAAAAGCAUAUGCUGCCGCUAUAUCCGAUGUUUGUUAUUAUGCUUUUGCUGGGAUGUCUUCAAAGUAUUUUCAGUUUGCUAAAGAUAAAUACGGAAUGUACGUUCCAUUCUUUUCGUUCGCAUUUUGCUGUACUAUUGGGUUAAUUUUCAUAAUAUAUUUCGUGCCCGAAACGAAAAACAAAACUUUGGAAGAUAUCCAAAUAGAACUAAACUUUCUGCAACAAGGUGAGCGAUCUAGUCAUCCAAAUGGCAGCAUGAAAUUUCAUUCCGAACAACACUUUCAAAAAUAACCUUCUUUUAAAGUCCAGAAUACCAACCUACAAGGGAGUAAUCUAACGCUAUAAGGGUUGGUUAACCAUUCCAUUAUUAGGAGAAUUCAUUUAUUAAAGAUAGUUCAGCUGUGCGCUAAAAUUAGGCAGAUAAUAAUUAAUAUCUGAGAGACCUAACGUAAGUAAUUGCUGUGAAAUAUAUGUAUUGUAUCAGAAAUACAAUGUACAGAACA